GGGUUCGUUCGUUGUCUAAUUGAUAGAAGUAGAAGAUAGUCAUUGACAGUAUCACAUUGGUGCUCUUGUGAGGAAAUGGCGAAAACCAAAACAACUGGUGGUGAGCCACUGAGGAAGUGUCCAUUUUGUACGUUCAAGACGGGACUUCAUUCUGAGUGGAAGGACCACAUGGCGGAAUGUUAUGAGAAAAGAUACUUUUGUAAAAAAUGCGACUAUUCAACAGACAAGAAAGUGAACUACUUGCGACACCUGAAGAGGAACCACGCAGAGCAGCCUGAUGGGAACCAGAGCAGUGCCCAGCAAACUGGUAGAUGCUCAGACAGUUGUGGGACAAGUUCAUCUAAAGAACCCAAUGAACCAGAAUCAUCGGACGAAGAGGAGUGGUUGUCACAGGAACCUGACAUAGCCAUUGAAGAGGAGCCAGAAAGUACUGAAAGCAAAAACGCCGAUGAAUGUUCAUCUGCUCAACGCCCUCAGGAUCAAGACGAUCGACUGGUAGUGGAUGCAACCACAAGAAAACGAACACAGCCACUGCCUGUUUAUAUUCCCAGCAGGACAAAGACCCCAAGGCUUGAGAAUGCGAUAGGUGAUGUUGCAGUUCCAGUUCAGACUGUAGAUAAGGGUGUUCAAACCGACCCUGUGUUGUACACUAAAUCAAUUAAGACGACAACUAUUGUAAAGGAACAUGGUCGCAAGAUUGUGACAGUGAAAAGAGAGAUGUUGUGACUGUAAAUACUCUUUUUCAUGGUGUUGAUUUCUUUGAGCAUGUAGUUGUAGUGUAACUUAGAUCAUGCGGGACGCAUGUUCUUAAGGGGAGGGAAGUGAAACAGACAGUGAAUUAUCUCCCUUUGACUGUAUAAUCAAAAAUAAUUGUAAAUAUUGUAAUUAAUGUGUCUGUUGAUUAAAAAGAGUUAACAAGAAUUAAUAUCAUAAAAGAAUAAAACAAAC